UCCCCGCCUCCUUAUUGUGAAGUGAUGGAAAAAGUCGCUCUAUAUAAUCUGAAAAUUAGCCAUAAUACUUUAAAAUUUCUACAAUCAGUAACGAUGGAACCAGCACCAAUUAAAGAAAAAGCCUCGACAACAGUGACUAGUACCCCACCUUCUAAAACAACACGGUGUUCAUCAUGUGUCAGCAAGGGAGUGCCGCAGCCUCAUGGGCAUCGAGCGUGUGAUAAAGCGUGUCCUUAUUUUUCGGAAUGGAGACAACAGCAGAAGAUUAAAUCUGGUAGUGUGCAACAACAAAAUCAACAAGCCGCUUUAGAGGAAGAAGAAGCCAUCGCCAACCUUAUAAAAACACAACAACCGGAACAAGAGAAACAACAACAACAUAGUUUGGAAAAUGAACGGGCCCCAGUGGAAACAACACGUGAAAUGGAUCAAGAAUUAAAGAAAGGUGUGAUGCGGGAAGCUGCAAAACUCAUAACCAGUGCCCCAGGAUGUGACCCGUUGGAAGAACUGGCUUGUGUAGACGCUGAUUUAAGUUCUAGUGGAAGUGUUGACCAAAAGGACUUAGCAAAAUGGGCUAUAAAUCGACUUCGUGAAAGAUUGGCAUUAACAACUAAUGAAGUGGUGGAAGAGCUGGAAGAAGAAAAUGUUAGUAGCGACCAACAACACGAACGACAAGAGGCACCGGAAGAGGAUGAAGGCUUAAUUUUUAGUGAAUCAGACAACGGACAAGCGACCCCACCAAGCGAGAAACAAAGCAGCAGUCAACAACUUUCUAUAGAGCGUGAACGACAAAUCAACGACAAAAAACGACUCAAAUCUUAUCGAGAUCGAAAACGUGGAUUUCGGGAUGCUAAGACUAAACCUUCUCAACUUGCAAUGGCAGCAAUUGAGGGCAAUCGAAAAUUAAAUGAAGAAAACGCAGCAUUGGCUCGUGACCCCAAACGACUAGAAGCAGCUAAAACCGCGCAUCGUGCAGCCGUCAAAGUGUUGAAGAGGAGAGGUGAAACAACGGACUCUAAAGAAAAAAGAUUGAAAGCUAUCGAAGAAGGUCCUGGUUGGCGUUAUCGCACAUUCUCAAAACUGCCUGACAAAGGAGGACUUACAGAACGUGAUCCGAAAACAACACAGCUAUUGCGUAAAGAAAAGGCAGCAGCACUACGAACCGCAGAUUUUUAUUUGAAGAGAGCUGAAGAAGAUAGAUAAAUCACCAAGCCGUCAUCGUAAAAGUCGUUCAUCAGAGAGACAACGUCGACGACGAGAUAGUCCGCUGGUAGAGCGUCGCCCCUCACCAAAGUCUCAAAAAAGGGGUAGUAGCGAAAGGACGCGUCAC